GGAUUUCUCCGGGAAGGAGUAACAAGGAGACCGUGAGCGCUCGGUUAUAACGUCGCUACAUGUGAAUGGAUUGCGGACUGAUGAGGAGUCGGUGUUGUUUUUUUUAUGAGUUAGGAGGCUGGAGGCUGUUUGGAUCAGAUAGUGUUGCUGUAAAAAACGCAGAAGAAAAAGAGGGAAAGUGUGUGUUUUUGGCGGACAGGAUGAGAAGUGGAAAGGUUUCAUGGUGUUCAGCUUGAUCAUGGGUGUGAAAUUCAGGACAUUGUGCUUCUUGAAGUGUUUUUAGUCCCGUGAAGCAGCAGGAGAAAGAGCUUUGGUUAUGCUCGCCACACUUUGCCAAGUGCCCGCAGUUUCUUCUUCUUCGUGCCUGUGAAAAAGCACCGACAUGGCUCUUCUGGUCGUCCCCCUGCUCCUGCAAACGGGGCUCGUUUUGGGCUCAAACUACGGUUACGUGGAGUGGUCGGAUAAUGAGCGAGAAGAGAAGAACCCAUCGGUGUUCAGCACCCAAAACAUCAACAGGGAGCCGCCCCACCACCCGACCUACUACUCGCUGCCGGCCACCGAGCGCACCGUGGUGGCGCACAAAAUAGAGGAGGACCUGCCGAGGGUGGUGACCGCGUUCCUGCACACCGGGGACUCCUCCGCGCUGAGGCAGGUCAACUGUUCACGGAGGUACGAGCUGAGCAGCCUGAGAGGCGGCCUGCACGUCGCCUCCCACUACUCCCUGCACAGCAUCCUGGACACGGUAGCGCACGCCACAAACUUCCUGAACAUGAUCCUGCAGGCCAACAGGUCCCGGGAGCAAACCCCGCGGAGGGACAUCAGCUGGUACCACGCGCUGGUUCAGAGCAUCCUCGAGGGGGACCCUAAAAUCCACAGGGCGGUGGUGACCUUUCACGCAGACGCGCCGGGGCCCCACGUUUUCCUCCAGGCGACCAGAACCGAGAAGGAGGUGGUUCUGCAGGACCUGUCCGCCUCUGCGCACCGUCACCUGAGGAGCAGGAGCCCGGAGUCCGACUGGUUUAACGAGUUUAGGGACGGGAGGAGACCACACGUGCACAGAAGAGUACCGGAGGCAUCUGGCACCAAGAGUGGGAGUUAUCUUCUGGACAAAAAGCAGAUCAAAUGGUCCGCGCCGUACCUGGAGUGUGAGCACGGGGCGUUUGUGCCAUAUUGGCUGCUCACCUUAUCUGCUGGCUUCUAUGGGCUGAAGAGCAACUCUGCACCAGAGUUCAGGGGAGUGGUUCGUGUGGAUGUGAACCUCCAGGAUGUGGACAUUGACCAGUGCUCCAACAGUGGCUGGUUCGCUGGGACUCACCGCUGUAAUCUCACCAGUAUGGAAUGCACUCCCAUCGGCGGCCACGGAUUUGUGUUGGACAAGUACAAGUGCCAGUGCAGGAGAGGAUUCUACCAUCCGAGUCGAGUGGCGCUCAAUGGCUAUAAAAGUAAGGAGCUGGGCUCGAGCAGGGACGAGACCUCCGACGUGUCCAAUAAGUGCCUGCCAUGCCGGGAGGGCUGCCCCUACUGCCGGGACGACACGCCCUGCCUGGUGCAGGAGGACGGCGCCCUGCGGCUCGCUGUGGCCUCCUUCCAGGGUCUGUGCAUGGUGCUGGACCUGGCCAGCAUGGUGGUGUUCUACCACUUCAGGAGGAAGAAGAGCAUCCGCACAUCUGGUCUCAUUCUACUGGAAGCCAUCUUGUUCGGGGCUUUACUGCUCUACUUUCCAGUGAUGAUCCUGUACUUCCACCCCAGUGUGUUCCGCUGUGUCCUCCUGAGGUGGGUCCGCCUGCUGGGCUUCGCAGUCAUGUACGGCACCAUAAUCCUCAAGCUCUACAGGGUAUUAAAGGUGUUCCUGUCCCGCACGGCCCAGAGGACGCCUUACAUGACCAGCUGGCGGGUCCUGCGGCUCUUGGUGGUGAUCCUGCUGGUGGUGCUGUGGUUCCUGGUGGCCUGGACCUCCGCCGUGUGCCAGAACCCGGAGCUGAGCCGGGCCCUGAUCGCCGCAGGACUCACGCCGGAGGGAAUGCAGUUCAGCAUGUGUCUGCUGGACCGAUGGGACUACAUGAUGGCUGUCGCGGAGUUCCUGUUCCUGCUGUGGGGCGUGUACCUCUGCUACGCUGUCCGCACCGUCCCCUCUGCUUUCCAUGAGCCACGUUACAUGGCCGUGGCCAUCUACAAUGAGCUCCUCAUAUCAGCCAUCUUCCACAUCAUCAGGUUCUCUCUGGUGCCGGGGCUGCACCCUGACUGGAUGCUCAUGUUGUUCUUUGCUCACACUCAUCUGACUGUGACUGUGACUCUGGGCCUGCUGCUCAUACCAAAGUUCCUGUCCAAAGGGACUCAGGCCAGGGAUGAUAUUGCCACGGAGGCCUAUGAGGAGGAGCUGGACAUGGGCAGGUCUGGCUCUUACCUCAACAACAGCAUUACUUCGGCCUGGAGUGAGCACAGCUUGGACCCUGAGGAUAUCCGGGAUGAGUUGAAGAAGCUGUACGCCCAGCUGGAAGUCCACAAGAGGAAGAAGAUGCUCGCAAACAACCCUCACCUCCAGAAGAAGCGCAACUCCAAGAAAGGUCUGGGUCGCUCCCUGAUGAAGCGGAUCACAGAGAUCCCAGAGACCAUGCACAUCCACCGGCAGUGCAGCCGCGAGGAAGGCAGCGAACAUGGAAGCAACCGCAGCACCUUGAGGAGAAACCCAUUUGAACAGAGUCACCACGGAAAACCUCGGGAUGACUCCCUGAAGAACAAAGUCAUGGGCUUGAAGAAGUCUCUCAGCUACGACCACGUUUGUGACCAGGACGAGGAGACCGGAAGCCAAACUGGCUCGACUGCAGGAGACAAGAUGACUCCUGUUGCAGGCGGUGGGGAGGGAUCUCUUCUGGGCUCCCUGAUUGGCCGGAAGCACACUAAGAAGCAGCUGGAACCAGCCGCGACCCCGCCGAGACUGGAGCCGGCCGAGUCCACCGAGUCCGUUCCGCUGUUCUGGAAGUCGGCCAGCGCUCACAACCUAACACACGAGAAGAAACCCGUCCACCUGCGCACCUCCAUCAUGCAGAAGUCUCUGAGUGUGAUCGCCAGCGCCAAGGAGAAGAUGCCGGGGAUGGCCAACAAGACGCAGAGCGUGGAGGACGCCAGUAAGAAGGGUCUGAAGGGACAGGAGCUGUCCGAGGUGGACGAGACGCCGGAGCAUUACCCCAAGAUGAUCAUCAGCCAGUCGGUGGAGUACUCCAAGACCCCCAUGAAGAUGGGCAUCAUGAAACAACAGGUGAGUGGCAGCCAGCCGUCCAUUUGCUCCGAGACCGGUAGGAACCUCUACGACGUGUCUGAGGUUUGUCCCUGGGAGCUGGAAGAACCUCAGACUCCGUCCGAAACAAAGACCCAGAAACAUGUGUCCAUUGCUCCCGGAGAGACCACCACAGGCCGGAGGGGAAGCAGCAGCUCUGGAGUCAGCAAAGGCAGCCGGUCCCAGCAGAGGCAGAAAGUGGGGCAGUCUCCCUCCAACAGACGCCGCUCCAAAGAUAAAGGAGGAGAAAGGGAGGAAGGCAGGGAGACACGGAAGGCGCGACCACCCAGGUCCCCUCUCCCUCUCAAGCCAGACGUGUGUCCCUGGGAGUUCGAUGAGCAGCCCAUGCUGGGAGGAGAUUCGGAUUCCCUCUCCCCAGACAGGAUCAGGCGUAAGAAAAGCGUCACUCCCACUGACGGGAAACCCAAGGGGCUCCACUCAGACCACUCCAAGUCCACGGGGAGCCUUUUGCAGCCUCCCUCUCUGAUGGUGGAGAUCUGCCCGUGGGAUUACAGCAGCCCACCUUCGCCGAAGCAGGAGAAGUCCUGCAACAGCCCCACCACACACAAGAAGAAACGGAAAGGCUCCUGCUCAUCCAACCACAAAGCAGAGAAGGAGAAAGCGAGGGAGAAAAGCAGAGAAAGGCGGAGCUCCUCCAGCAAGCCCGCAUCUGAGAGGAGGCGCGUCAGCCAGUCGUCAGAGUGCAGCGGGCCGGUUUCUGAGCGGCGGAGGAGCUCCACCAGAGACCCAGAGGUGAUGGAGAUCAGGAGGGCGGAGGUUUUCUCCCGGGAGACGGAGCCCUCACACACCAGCUUUGCUCAGACUAAAAAACCACCAGAGAAGAAGAAAGAGAGCUCUUUGAGUACUAGUUACAAACCUGCAAAGGUGGCUGAUGUUUGCCCCUGGGACUUCCAGGAGCAAGACUCUGGGGAGAGGGCAUGAUGACUGGUCGGAUGAUUGUAUUUUUUUGUAUUCACAAACUGACACCACGGCAACUGAACGCUAACGAUGUAACAUUGGAUUUGAUCAGAAAGUUUUUCUCUAGGUGACCUAAGUGAAAAAAAGAUUUUGCAAGAAGAACAUUCAUCCUGCUGAUGCAAUCCAAACAUUUGCUCAAAAACAAACAUCUUGUUGUUACAUUGCAGUGAAUGCAACCUUGAAGUCACUUUAGAGGAAUUUUUAGUCUGCACUUUUGCUUGCACAUUUGUCAAACGUACAUUAAUGUAUGUAUUUUUUAUCACAUUGAGUACAUCAAAGUAAUUUAAAAAAGGAAUCAUAUCUGUGUCUACCAGCAGAUCAGACAAUCAGACAAAAAAUUGUCUUUAAUAAUAGACUGUAUGAAGAAUGGACGAUGUGUCCAAAAAUUGAAGCCAAAAUUUUCAAGAUUCGGGCGCUGCCAUCUUGCACUGGCGCCAUCAUUUGGAGCCAGAGUCUGAGCAGUAGUGAUUGGGCAGUGGAGCCAAUAAUGAAGCCCCGCCCAUGUAGCCGCCUGACCAAUGGUAAGUCAAACAGAGCUGUCAAUCAUGACGUUGCACCCUCUUUUUGUAGCAUCAAAAAAAAUCAUUAAAAUCAAACUUGUCAGUAAAAUGAAACAAAUUAUUGCUGGCAAUAUGCGGUUUACAAAGGAAUAUAUAAAAAUAUGCUUUACCAUUUGGUUAUUUCAUAUAUGUAUUAUACAGUCAUGG